GAAUCAUUGAUACCAAAAAGAGAAAUUUACCAAAUGAAGUCAAUUCUGAAUUUCUAAGUUUAUACCAAACAAAUAUUCAUGUCAUUAUAUAAAAUGUGGCGCUAUUGAUUCACACUUGAUCUAGUUGUUUCUCAAUUUUCGUUUCGAAGGCGAUUCAGUUGCUGCAAAAUUGAGGAUCGUUAUAGAAAAACGAUUCAGUUUCCAGUCAUGGCUAGCAAUGAAGUAACUCUAAAUGUAGAUGAGCAGGAAGAAGAGAAAACUCAGAGCAAGUUGACUACUGCAACAGCGAAAUCUACCCCAAAAGAUGGAGGACAUGCAAGAGAUACAAGAAAAAUUAAAAGAUGGUUAUCCUUUAACACAAUUUUCGAUCCAAAAGGGAAGUUCCUUCUGACGUGGAACAACAUAUUUGUAGUAUCUUGUGUGUUUGCUGUCUCCUUUGAUCCUUUGUUCUUCUACAUUCCGAUCAUUAACCAGAAGCGGAAGUGUCUAUAUUUUGACACAAGGUUGAAGGCCAUAGCCCUCAUCUUGAGGUUACUCACAGAUCAAUUCUACAUUGCGGACAUUAUUAUGCGAAUUUUGAUUAGUAUACUUAAAACCAAGUCAUCCAAGGAAUCUGGGGAGACCAAAACACAAGCGGAAGCUCGUAAUUCCAAAGGGAAUAUAACAGAUGAGACAGUUUUUGCAAUAGCUAAGAAGGCUUGGGAGAAAGUUAAUAGAUCAUACAUCCUCAUUGACAUUUUAGCUAUUCUUCCCAUACCCCAGGUGGGAAUGUUCGUUUUCUUUUCGAAAAUGAAGGGUCCGCGAUUUUCGAUAGAAAGGAAGCUUUUCGACACACUUAUUUUGUUCCAAUUUGUCCCACGCGUUCUUCCCGUUUACUUAUUGUGCAGAGAACGUAAGAAAACUCUUAAUAAAGCAGGCAUGUGGACAAAAGGUGUUUUCAAUUUCUUUCUAUACAUCCUUGCAAGUCAUGCACUUGGAGCUCUUUGGUACUUAUUUGCUAUUCAACGGGAGAUGGAUUGUUGGCAUUAUGUUUGCCAACGUCACAAGGGAUGUCAACCUAGUACCUUUAGUUGUAGUGAACGACGAGAUAGAUUGAGAACUAUCCCAUCGUUAGACAAAGAAUGUCCAAUAAACCUACCGGAAGAAAUGAAAGGAAAUGCUUUUAAUUUUGGUAUAUUUGCUGAUGCGCUUGACUCCGGCCUAGUGCAGUCGACUGAUUUUCCUAAAAAAUUCUUGAAUUGUUUCUGGUGGGGGCUGCGAAAUCUGAGCUCUCUUGGUCAAAACCUCCAUACAAGUACCUAUGCAUGGGAAAACCUCUUUGCUGUGUUUAUUUCCAUUAUAGGCUUGCUAUUGUUUAUAUAUCUCAUCGGAAAUUUGCAGACAUAUUUGCAGUUUGCAACUACAAGAUCAGAGAAGAUUAGACGGAAGAUGAAAACGAAAAAGUUAGAGGUUGAUUUGUGGCUAUUUAGAAAAGGACUGCCUAGCAAUUUGAAGGAAGUGAUAAUGCAAUUCAUACAAAAAAAACUUGAACAGAACAAUGAUGUUCAAGUUGAGAACAUCCUCUCUGUUCUUCCUUCAGCACAUAGUAAAUAUAUCAAGCGGUAUCUUCGGUUGGCUACACUCAAGAAAGUGCCAAUGCUUCAAACUAAGGGGGAAAGUCUGCAGAAAGCACUCUGUCAGCACCUCGAGCGGGUGGACUAUCCUGAGGACCGUUGCAUUAUUAAAGACGGAGAGCGACUCAAUAAGAUGAUUUUCAUCACACAUGGCACUGUACAGACCUACAAGACCAAUGAUAAGGGUGGAAAAUUUGGUUCCAAGUUUCUUGAGAAAGGGGACUUCUAUGGAUCAGAAGAGCUUCUCAAUUGGGCAUCAAAGUUGAGCUUUUCCGACGACUUACCAAUCUCGACCAGAAUGGUUAAGACUGUUACGAAAGUCGAAGCCUUUGCGCUGAGCUCAGAAAACUUGAAGCCUGUAGCCACCAAGUACUGGUGGAAUUUCACCAAGGACAAGGAGCUAAGUAGUUUCAGCGAGUCUCUGCUGAAGGAGCUUGCAGUAUCUUCCAUAGAAAAGGAAAUCCAUCGCCGCAGGCAAGCAAAAAAGAAGCAAACAAUAAGUUCUCUCCAUAAGUUGGCUACUAAUCAGGGUGGUGCUAGCAAGAAGUGGCAACGGGUCAUGACCUUACUGAUGAGGGAUCAGAUACCUUCACCGGUUGGUGCUCUAGCGACAAGUAACUAAGCCAAAUAAGUUACGUUUUUAAGUAUUAUUCUAGCCAAGAUCCAAGAUAUGUGUGUGUGUGUAUAUAUAGUUCAAGGUCAAGUGUAUUUAACAAGUCCCUAAUCAGAACAAAGUACGUCGCUUUGGAGA